GAAAAGGACUCCAUUCAACUUAGCUACGCCUCCAACUCCGCACCUUUCUCUUCUAGCAGCUCUCACUGCCGGAGCUUGCGCGUAUCCAUUCCGGCGGUGACCGAGACCUUUGAAUUUCAUACCCGGUCAACAUUACACUAGUUCAAGUCUCUUCAAGGCGUGCUAAGCCCUCUAUUUCUCCGUUGUUUGAGUCUCCCUGCUCGUAGCUGGCAACAGUUGCGUCAUGUGGCAAUGAGGAAAGGAUAAUGGUGAGUGGAAGAAGUAGGAAAUUGUUCGAUGUUGGCUUUUAAUUAAUCCAUAUUAAAAGUUUGGCGGCCCUCCCCCCGUGCCAGGCAGAUCCACCAGGCAGUCGCCGCCUAGGAGCUUAAAAGGGGGUAAUACAAAUCUGUUCGGUUUUGGAUGGUGAAAGAGUGAGAUGAAGUUAAGAGAGGAGAAGCAAAAGAGGAAGAAGGAGAUUGAGAUAUCACAGUCUUUAAUGCUACUCCAAGGAAACCCUGAAGAUGGCAGUUGAAGUAGCUAUGGGGCCUUCCCUUUUGUCCCAUGUCCCAAUUUGUUGGACUUGCCUUACACCGUUGGGGAGGGUGACAUUUCAACGUAUAAACAAGAAAGCAGUUGGCCCAGGAAAGGGAGAAAAUGAGUAAAGGAAGCAGCGGAGCCGCCACUAAAGGUGGGAAGAAGAAGGGUGUGACCUUCGUCAUCGACUGCUCGAAGCCGGUGGAUGACAAAAUCAUGGAUAUCGCCUCUCUGGAGCAGUUCCUCCAGGAGCGAAUCAAGGUCGGCGGUAAGGCCGGAGCGCUAGGAGACUCAGUUACCAUCACCCGAGAUAAAACCAAAAUUACCGUCACGGCAGACUCCAACUUUUCCAAGCGGUAUUUGAAAUACUUAACAAAGAAGUAUCUGAAGAAGAACAGUGUGCGAGAUUGGCUGCGUGUUAUAUCCUCAAACAAGGAUAAAAAUGUGUAUGAAUUGAGAUACUUCAACAUUGCUGAAAAUGAGGCGGAGGAUGAAGAUUAAGAGGUUGAAUUACACCUUUCAAUCUCUAGACACCAUUGAAUUAUUAGUUUAAAGUGCUUGAAUUUUCAUUCCUGAGAUAGAUGUGCUGAAACAGCUACAAAAACUGAAUUUUGGUGACUACGUUGUGAGCAUAUCAUUUGGUAAGAAUGUUUUGUUUCAAUAGUAUUUUCUUGACUGCCAUUAACAUCGGUAUGGUAUUAGACUUUUGUGGCAACACCUUUGUUAUGGUCUUUGAAAAAAUGUUUUUAUAUUGGUGGUUUGUUAUUCAUAUAAUCUUUUUUGCUCAU